AUGGUGAAUGUAGAUGUGCGAUCCCUCACCCAGCCUGUGGGGAUCAUGCGAAUAAUGGCAGCCAUCCUCACUUGCAUGUGUUUUAGCCUGGCGGGAGCAGCAGGAGUUAGUUCAUCUUCCUACUGGGCGUGGUGCAUGUUCACUUGGUGCUUCUGCUUCUUCUUCACGUUUCUGAUUGUCAUCCUGGAGUUCACCACCGUCAACAGCAAAGUACCUUUCGCCUGGGAUGACUUCACUACUGCCUUCGCAAUGCUUGCGAGCCUCAUGUGCCUGAUCGUCUCCAUCAUCUACCCCACUUUUUUCACUUGCAAAUCCUGCCACCGUGCCAUCGGUGCCUCCGUGGUCUCCUGGGUUUGUUUCGCCACAUAUGCAGGUGAGGUGGUCUUAACACGCUUUUAUCCUCGUGGGGAAACCAGCGGGUUCCUCUCCACGCUGCCGGGGAUAAUGAAGAUGCUGGAGACCUUCAUUGCCUGUCUCAUCUUUGUGUCCCUGGAUAGAAGCCAGUACACUGGUAAUUCAGGACUCCAGUGGUGCGUGGCUGUGUACUCCUUGUGUUUUAUCUUUUCCAUCAUCAUAAUCCUGCUCACCCUCGCACAGCUGACCUCCUACUUGCCGAUCUCCUUCGACAAGGUGGUGAUUGUCUAUAACAUUUUGGCAGCAGUGAUGUACACGACAGCUAUGGUGAUCUGGCCACUCUACAGUUUCUCUAACAACAAACAAAGACCCCCUAACUGUGGUCACUUCUGUCCCUGGGAUAAGCUGGUGGUGGUCACCUUCAUGACAAUCUUUAACUUUAUUGUUUACACCCUGGACACUAUGUACUCGAUACGUCUUGUAAUAAUAACUACACCCACCUGCUACUUUAUUAGUUGUACUUUCAGCUUGUACCUGGUGCCCAAGGCCACCAUCAAGAAGAAGCGUGAGGAAAAUCGUGGGGAGGCGAAGAUAACAGCAGUCUUGGCGUGGCUGAUUAUGGAGACUGGACCACGGAGACUUCGGGAAGAUGCCACAAAAUGA